AACACGUUAGUGAUCUAAACUACAAAUUUGCAAUUAGGGAUAAAUCAAAAUAUGGGUUUCAUUUCAUCUUAAAUGGUUAAAACAACGUUUUAUAUAUUCCAUCCAAUUUUACAAAUGAAACAUUACACAUGACACACUCUAUAGAUGCAAAAACUAAUUUCACAAAUUUCCUUCAAAAACCCUCGUUAGCGGAGAAACCGUUUGUCUCCGAUCAUACAAAUUAACUCACAUCCGUCUUUAAUUCUUCAUCAGUGUUCGUGACCAAGGCUCCCUUCAACAGAAAGGGGUUUCGGGAUGAUGCAGACUUUUCAAUUCCACCAAAAUCUCCAGAUCCAAGUUUCUUGAAGACGACAACGAAAUCCCACGACGCAAAAAAAAAACAAUCCUUCACCGACCACUGUCUGAUACUGGCAAAUCACAAUAUGAAACAUCUCCAGGAGAAUCAACAAGUGUAAUUUCGUUCAUGGGCUGAAAUUAAACACUAAAGAUGACACCACCAAUGGUGUUUGCGAAUGCUUCUAUGAUGACAAAAACAUCUGACGAGAUCCAAGUCCAAAACAACAUGAAACCAAUUGAAGAACAAUUCGUUAUCGAUGACUCUAUUGCUGUGAAACUUCUCGAAAAUCCUUGUGUUAAUAUGCCUCUUCUCUACAGUGAUAGAGAGAAUGUUUUCUCAGAUCCCCUCACUAAACAAUCAGGUUUCACUUCAGACACCAUAGUAAAACCACCACUACCACCUGAACCGCCAGAUAUGAGUUUCCACCUUGUCUUCAGUGUGCUCUAUUUAACCGAUCAUAAUCCCAUGUGUGGGCAUCGUUCGAAAAGUCACUUUUGGGGAUUUACCAUACAUGGUAGUAUCCAACAUUAUUUCACAUGGGCGUGGCUGCAUCAAAUCAUUCUUGUUUCUGUUUUUGAAAGGAACACCAUACUUCUUGUGAUUGCCAAGGUACAAAAAUUCGACGCAUAUGUUUUUAUAGCAAUUCCACCUAAACCACCAGAUCAAAUGGUCAUUCAAACAUUAUCAAUGUUGCUAUCGUGUUUUUCAAUACAAUUCAUUCAACACUGUUCAAAGAAAGAAGAGUGUUACAUUGUAUACUUGGGAUUACAUUGUCAUGGUCCAACUCCUUCCUUUGCUGACCUUGAAAUUGCUAUUUCUUAUCAUUAUGAUUUACUAGCAAUUAAUUAUUCAUAUAAUAAACAGAUCAAUGGGUUUACAACUAUGCUUGAAGAAGAAGAAGAAGCUGCACAAAUUACAAUAAAUGGAAAUGUUGCAUCAGUGUUCUAG